AUGCGUUACUCUCUCCGCAACACCGCUGCUCGUCAGGAGCGUCGCCGGCGCACUGGACAGGAGGAGACCACUCCUCAGCCUCAGCUUGCGCCUCAGCCUCAGCUCGCGCCUCAGACUGUGCCCGUGCACGUCGUAUUGGCGCCGCCCGUUACGGUCUCUACUACUCCGGCUUCCGCGGCAAUCAGCAACUUCGCCGCGCAACUCAACAACCUCGACAUGGCCAUGCCCGCGACUCCGCACGGUACAUCGUCCAUCUACCUCCGCACCCCGAGGGCUCCCCGCAAGACCGGGAUCUGGAAACAAUAUCCCAUUAUCCAGCCGGGCGACAACAGCAACAACGGCUCUUCCUCCCACGGCUCGCCCACACCGACUCCUACUCCCGGUCCCUCGACCCAGCGCCGUCGUGUGAACAUCACGACGGAGUAUAGCGCUUCGCGGGACGCGGCGGCGCGCGAGGCGAAGUUGAGGCAUGGACACAAGGCGCAGUUGGCUGAGGUUCGCAGGAAGAAGGACGAGUAUAAGAACGAGGCGCUUGAGGCGAAGCGGAGGAUCGCAGAGUUGGAGGCCGAGGUGGCUUAUUAUCGCGGUCGCUACGACGGCCCAGAGGAGGGCUCGUCGCGCGAGGCAGGCCCGUCGACGCGCCCGAUGCGUCUUGGACCGAACGGGACGGAGGUCAUCGAUAUCGAGACUGUGUGGCUGCGGGAGGCGGCCGUUGGGCCAAAUGGGACGGAGUUGUUCAACGAGGAUGGACGGAGGGUGUUCUUGAAGAAGCAGAAGGCGCUCGUGGGCGACUUUUGGAGGACGCAGAAGGAGCUCAGGGACUGA